ACUUGGGUUAGAGAGCCAUUUCAGUGUGUCGUGGCUGUGUGGUAACACAAGAAGGCUGUAAAGAAGACUUAUAAUAGAAUCAUUUAAGUUUACAAGAGGCAUUUUCCAAUUGUGUUAAGGAGUACUAUAUUGUCGGUGCAUACAAGUUUCAUCAGAGACACAUCUGACUGGGGUCAUCGUCAUGUUGGAGAAUUAAAUUGGGAUCAAACACAGCCAAAGAAAACAAAAAACAUCCAGAAGAAUUUCCAGCAAAAAGAAGAAGUCCUGCAACAAAUGCUGUGGCCCCCACAGAACCCUAAUCUCAAAGUCAUUAAGUCAGUCUGGGAUUACAUGCUAAAACAGUAACAAGUGAACAAUUUCCUGGCCAAAUUUAACAAAACCCGGAUAUGUCCUUCAUAUUUGAUUGGAUUUAUAGUGGUUUCAGUAGUGUUCUGCAGUUUUUAGGGCUGUACAAAAAAUCAGGAAAAUUAGUAUUUCUUGGUCUGGACAAUGCUGGCAAGACUACAUUACUGCAUAUGCUUAAAGAUGACCGACUGGGACAACAUGUGCCUACGUUACAUCCAACUUCAGAAGAGCUGACAAUUGCUGGCAUGACCUUUACCACUUUUGACCUUGGUGGCCAUGCACAGGCACGAAGAGUGUGGAAAAACUACCUUCCUGCAAUCAAUGGAAUUGUCUUUCUUGUUGAUUGUGUAGACCACACUAGACUGGCUGAAUCCAAAACAGAGCUUGAUGCACUAAUGACAGAUGAAACUAUUGGAAAUGUGCCUAUCUUGAUCCUUGGCAACAAGAUUGAUAAUCCAGAUGCCAUCAGUGAGGAGAAACUGCGAGAGCUAUUUGGAUUGUAUGGUCAGACAACAGGCAAGGGUAAUAUUCCCCUUAAAGAACUGAAUACAAGACCACUGGAAGUUUUUAUGUGCAGUGUGCUAAAGAGACAGGGGUAUGGGGAGGGCUUUCGUUGGCUCUCCCAGUACAUUGACUAGAAAUCCUUCAAGGGGUGCACCAGGAACCACCUAUUCAGCGGCAUGCUCAGUCUCAUGUUUGAUUCUAAUGCCUGCCUUCAGUCAUCAAAAAUGGAAGUAACCUAGUACAACUUAAUUUAAAUGGAGUUUAAUUAAAUGGACACUUAAAUCAGUUUUUGUACACUUUUUUAAGAGAAUAUUACUUCAUAUAAACAUCCAUAUGCAAUUUAUUUGUAAGAUGUGAUAAACAUGCAACUGUUUAUAUUGCAAUUGGCUGUUCCAGCAUAAACAAUAUGAAUAGUAUUGUAUUAUGGUCUUCAUUAAUACAUCCUUAAACUUAUAUCUGGCCUCUGACCUAUGUAUAAUCUUCUACAAAAUGGAACUGAUGACUUAGAAGUCUAAAUCUUUUGGAAAAGUAAUUUUUAACUUCAUGUUUCCUUGAUCAACAGAACUGAAAUCAUACAUUUCAGCCUCAGCUCAUUUUAAAGGCAUUCUUAAUUGAGGGAUGAUUAGUUCGCUUAGUCUUUGAAAUUCCAGGAAUAAAAUAUAAAAUAUACAGGCAAGAAAUCACAGAAAAAAGUAACAUAUAUUGCAAACCACUAGAAGAAACUGGUUAAUUGACUAAAACUGUCAAGCAACUAUAUAAUUGGGGAAAGAUUUCCCUUUUUUUUUCGGCUUUUGUAAAAAUUUCAUAAUUUCUUAAUUUCAUAAUUACAGAUGCAUGCAGAACAUAUUUUGGGCAGAUGUCAAAAUGUAAAGGAUAUUUAAUGGAAAUAAAUCAAGUAAACAAGCAGUAUGUAAUGUGUAAGAAUACUAAAGAGGAAUAUUAAUCAUCCGAGCUGGGAAAUUUCAUAUUUGAUCAACAUGCUGUUCAGAACAAGUAAUUUGCAUGCCAUUAUAUUUUAUUUAAUAAACACAAAUUAAAUUUGGCAAAUAAUGUAGUAAAGAUAUAACCUUCUAAAACAUUUUAAGAAGCCUCAAUUGAAUGCCACAUUGCAAGAUUUUUUGUAUCUGUUCUGUUCCUUUGUAUACUGCUUAUCAUUCCAUGUAGAUGUCCAUGUAGAAUAUAUUGUUCACACAAUAAAUGUUAAGACAGGA